CACACAGGCCCUGUAAUUUGGUUCAUAUGUCUAACCUGGAUGGCUGACCAAUGCAGGUUUCCGUGACUGCCAUCAGAAGCCGCUGUUUUUAUAGGUUAAGCUACAUUAGCUGUGAGCAACAGGCCGUUGUUGAGGCAGGGCGGGUCUGACGACGCUUCCAGGCUCUUCCAGACGCUGUGUGUUUUUUUUUUUUUCGCUCUCAGCUGAUAAUGACGUAGCGCGUGCAGCUUAGACCAGCACACGAGGCAAACAGGGCUGUGACUCUCCGCUUGUUUUUCCGAUAGGGGGCCAGUGGAGUAAAGCGCAGGGGAAUAACGGUACCCUGCAGACAUAUUGUGUCGUUACAGAGUAUUUGUGUCGGCGCGGUGAAGAAGAAGAGGAGGACCGGAGGAGGAGGCUGUGUGUUGGGCUGUCACGAAGAGAGCGAGAGGGAGCGCAUACCAGAGGCACCGCUAUCAUAACUAAUUCAUUGUCGCUCCGGACCGGUGGCUGCCCACUAAUAAGGCCGACACACUCGCACGGGGGGCUGUGGUGAGGAGUGACAGGAGGCAAGAUGGUGGAUUACUAUAACAUUCUAGGAGUGCCCAAAACAGCCUCUCAGGACGACAUCAAGAAGGCGUACAGGAAACUGGCACUGAAAUGGCAUCCAGACAAAAAUCCAGACAACAAAGACGAAGCAGAGAAGAAGUUUAAAGAACUGGCUGAGGCUUAUGAAGUCCUCUCUGACAAGAGUAAGCGUGAUGCAUAUGACAAAUUUGGAAAUGAAGGAAUGCGACAGACAGGUUCCUCCAGCGCAGACUUCUCAUCAGAUUUCCCAGGAUUCACCUUCACAUUCCGCAACCCAGAUGAGGUGUUCAGAGAGUUUUUUGGCGGCCAGGAUCCCUUCGCUAGCCUCUUUGAUGAUUUCUCAUCAUUUGGAACCUCAUCCUCUCGUCUCGGCCCCAGCCGGUUCUUUUCAUUUCCAUCAGCAGGAGUUGAUUUUACCUCGUUCUCCUCUUCCUUCGGUGGUCUGGAUGGGAUGGACAGCUUUGGUGGAGGGAUGGGCAACUUCAAAUCAGUUUCUACCUCCACUCGCAUCGUAAAUGGCAAACGCACCACCACCAAGAAGAUAAAAGAGAACGGACAGGAAAGAACAGAGAUUGAGGAGGAUGGGGUCUUAAAGAGUGUCCUAAUUAAUGGUGUGGAGGAUGAAAUGGCCCUCGCGCUAGAGCUGAGCCGACGAGAGGGUCAGCCCCGUCAGUCACCUCAGAGGUCGCAAAUCCAAAACAGAUCACACGCCGAGCCUGACAAAUCUCGCUCCAGCCCUUACACCGCAGCCACACGUCGAUCAUUUAGCUCCGCCCCCUUCUACAACUACGGGGUUGCGGGCAGCAGUGACGAUGAAGAAGAUGACGAAGACCUGCAGAUGGCUUUGGCAUGCAGCCUGUCAGAAAUGGAAGCCCAGCAGAGAGCAGCUGCUACCGACUUCAUAUCAGGUGCUGGGGGUGGGGGCAGCAACAAAACUGGUGGCCAGAAAGGAGGUAGGGUUUUUAAGUCUGCAAAUAUUAAUGUAGAAUAUAGUGAAAAGGUGGUUUCAGGAGGAAAAGAAGAGGAGAGGCAGUUUAAAAUGGGCUCAGGGCCUGGAGGUAGGUGGGAAGAGAAGGGAAAGGAAACAAGGGAACCAGACUUCUCUCCCGAGUCAUCUACAACUGCCACCACUACGUCACUAAGCCAAACCAGUGAAGAAGAGUUUGAACCAGCCGUGAAAAGUAGUGAUGGCAGUGUGAAAAAGAAAAAGAAGUGCGGAUGUAUUGUGUGCUAAUGCAGUGUGUGUGUAUUUGGGAUGCCUUAUUUUUUUAUACUUACCUCAGUGUUCUGCUUCCAGCCAGACUCUAAUGUGAUGUGGUGUCCAGACUCUUAAUUUGAGGCAGUGCCUCAACUGAUCACACAGCUUUCAUGCAGUCUUAACACCUCUAAAAGAGACAGCGAGCUUGACAGGGUGCCAACACAGACAGUACCAUACAACUGCCCAUGCAUCUACAUGAUAAAAAAGAAUGUGAAGCAAUAGAGAGGAUUGUAUCUGAAUGUACUGUAUGUAAAUUUGCCAAAUAUUUGCAUAGACUGAAAACAGUGGGAUUAAGAGGGAUUUAGUUGUAGCCAAGUUGGUGUUGUAUGUGCGUGUACAUGUUUUUCUGUGUGCGUCUGUGUGUGCCAUAGAAGUUUCUCAUUCUGACGCUCUGGCAAAGGGAAUGUAUCAGAACUGUGUCACAUUCAGCCCAGUCUCAAACAAUAGAUCAAAGUCUACAGCAGGACACAGAACUUUCUCUGGUGGUUUGCAUCAUGACAUAAAAACUAAUUUGAUCAAGAAGAGACGUCGGUUUAUUGGUCAGCUGAUACUAAUUUCUAGAACAUAUUUAUAUAUGUAGAAAAACAUACAUGUCUUUGCCUUAAUACACUUUUACUAAACAAUCAUGGCUAUAUUUGUUCAGAUUGUAGAUUGAUAGAUUAGUUGGAUGGCAAAGCACUGUGUACAAUGCGUACAGCAUUAUGACUGUAAUCACAGUUACAGAUAAUCAUUAUAUAAAUUUUUACGUAUUUUGAUCCUUUUAGUGCCUUCAACUACUUUCUUAUGUUUGUACAUUGCGUACAUUGCGUACAUUGCCACUGCAAAUGUGCCAUGUUAGAACAACUAAUGUAUUUAAAGCACAGCUUUACAUUAGUGAGAGGAUAGUCUGAGGAGUGAGUCGUCGAAUUCAGCUGUGUUGUUAUGGUUGUGAGAAUGUUUAGAAAUAUGGAGCUUCAUCGCCAAAUCAAUGCUCGGUUUGAUUUCCCUUGCACUGGUUUGAACUGUCAGAGUAGGGGAGGUGCUGUAGCUGCCUUUUCCUUCUGUCAACAUCUGUUAAGUGCAACCUGAAAACACUUAACCCCAUCUGCCCCAGUUUAGCUGUAGUCUCCCAUAGCCAGACCUAUCUUGGGCUGUGUCAGCGCUCACAAAGGCACAAAGGGAAGAAAAUGCUUGUUUUGUAUUUCUCUAAGGCAGGCGUCGGCAACCUCUACUAUCAAAUGAGCCUUUUUUUUUUCUUUUUCUUUUUUUUUUAAAUCUGUCUAGAGCCGCAAUACAUAUUUGUGCCUUACAGUGCCGGCAACACAGCCUAUUUAAUCUAAAUUAACAUAUGAACAUUCCUGAUAGGUCUAAAUGAGCAUGCGUUAAUAUGUAUUACAUCAAAAGAACUACUCUGCAGUGGGAUAUUUAUAUUUAUUUGGUACUUAAAGUCUGCAGCAUUAGUAGUGAAAGCAAACAAAUCUGUCCACUUACUAUAAAGUUUUUGUCCAAGCCACAAGGAGCCACUGGAGAAGUGCUAAAGAGCCGCAUGUGGUUCCUGAGCAGCAGGUUGAUUACCCCUGCUCUAAACCAAAUACAAUCGUCUUGGGUGGUGCUAAGCCCAGGUGCAGCAAUGGUGCCCUUGCAAAAUAAAGAAGCAAAAGAAAAUGCCACAUAGAACAUUAAAAGAUGUUAUAGCGUGCAGUUUGCUAGCUAGGAGGUGGUUGUUGUUGCUUCACAUGCAGAGCUCAAACGAUCUGUGGAGUUAGGUCUGGCUAUGCGAGACUAGUUCCAUGUAGCGAUGGGGAGUUUGGAAAUGUGUUAUCAUCUGAGAUAGGAGGCCAGUGACAGUCCAUAUUCCCACAGUCUACAUGCUGUGAGUCAGGCUAUUAUAGCUGCUUAGUGCACAAAAUGACACUGUUGUGUAAUGUUGUUGAAAGCUAAAGUAAGAUUGCAUUAAUAGUUAAAAAAGUAUUAAUAAUCUUCCAAGAAUGUAUCUUGAGGUGAGUUAAAAGAGUCAAUCAAAAAACUCUCUAUUUUGGUUUGAGAAUCUGAUGUUAUAUUUUUGCAGUCUACAUUCAUACAUCAGCAUUAAUGAAUAAUUCAUGGCAGCUACUGCUGUGAUGGGUUUUGUCUCGAGACCACAAAAUGUUUGUUGGCAUACGUAUGUGCGAGCUACACUACACACACACACACACAAACACACACACACACACACACACACACACACACACAUAGAGGAAUACUUAUAAGAGUUUUAAAUGUGAUUGUGUUCUGUUAAAUAAGGCUGAAAGUGAAAGACAGUCCUGUUGGUGCCAAAACACAAAGGUGUUAUAAAAUGAUAUAAAAAAAAGACUACUGUUCAAAGACACGUCUGUCUCAACAAGUACCUUAUUACAGGCAGCGUCCCUUUUCCUGCCCAGCCUUUACACUGCUUAGAGAGCACAGUAAUAGGGUUGCAGUGGUAUAAGAUUUUCAGGGUGCAAUAAACAUCUCUGAAAAUAACACGGUUUCACAGUAUCACUGUAUACAGUGUUACACAAUUAUUUUUAUUAAUAAUAAUAAGUUGCAAUGAACCUUUACGGAAUUAAAAAUUAGUUCUUUAGGUUUAUUUAAUGGAAAUAUGUGUAAAAAGUCUGACAGGCAGUCCAGGAGGAAAAGAGAUUUUUUUUCAAUACCUUAAAUAAGGAAAUGUACAUGAUACUAGUAUUGUUAAUUCUACUGGGAAACCUUUAUACCGCUGCAACCCUAUAGUUUGUUAUUUGGUGGUCAUAUAUUUUUCACGAGUGCUUGGUUUAUUUUGCAUUGCAUGAGUUUUACUUUCACUUUAAAGGAUAACUAUCAUCACUGGCAAAAAUGAAGCAGAUCUGUGAGAGCACAUCAUCAGUUUAAACAGAUUCAAAUACUUGUUGUUGUCUCUGAGUUGUUUUAUCACUUCUCCUCUCCAAACUGUUAUUGCGUGGAGAGCGAAUGAGAAAGAGGCAGAUGGUUUCACUUAUAAAAAUAUAUAUAUAUAUCCGCCUGUAUCAUUUGUACUUCACUGACCUGCCAAGUUUUUUGUUCUUUUUAUUUUCAGAUUGUUAAAAAGGGAAAUAACAAAUAAAGAUUGAGCCGAAGAGGA